GCCCGAUCGCCGGGCUCGGAAAAUUCGCACGGGCGGACAGUUUCGCAUUCUACGUGCGUACAGUUUGACGAUCGGACCUCCUUUCUAGCCACUUGACUUUAUACGGGGGAGUUUUGCAAACAAUAUUAUAUAUCAUACUAUAUAUAUUUAUAACAUAUAUCCAUACUAGAUUGGGUGAGUCCAUAACCAACCCUCCUCUCGAAAAAAGAAACCCUUAAAAGUGAACUUCCUGGUUGCGGCAAUGCUUGGCCAUCAACUUGAUUGGGGGGCUCGCGAUAAUAGUUUGAAAUUAUUGGGUAAAGCUUAGGAGAGCCAGAUAAGAUUAGUAGUUCCAGGUAUUUCCUGAUUAUGGUAUUUCCUGAACACCUCCAAGGAUCCAAGGGGAAAUCCCGUAAAGCUCCUUUCCAUUUGUUAUCUGUCAUAACUUCCUCAUUUCUAAGAAGGAAUCAGCCUUGCACAAUAAAUUCUUGAUUGCGCAGCUGAAAAUUUGUGAACAACAAAAUAAAUGCAAAAAAAAAAAGUGGAAAGACCAUUUGAAAUAAUCAGGAAGCAACCACCAAUGAACCACCGCUGCAACCACCAGACGCACCACCGAGGCAGAGUAAAAAAGCUUUCGGCCGGAAAGCGUUUUCUGCCAAUCCCAACCCUCUCGCGCUAAAAACUUUCCGAGCUCGAAUCUUUGGGAUGCGUUCGUGUUGCAGUGAGUGAGUGCAUAAAUGCCGGCAACCGUGUCUCUCUGUGUGUGUGUGCCGCUGCAGUAGUGUGUGUGCAUGUGCAGUUUUUCGAGCUUUUUUGGGGUCUAUGCCGGUUGGAUGUGGGUCAGUAGUAGGAACUCUCAGUUGGCGGCGUCAACGUUUUCAUAGCUCUUCUUCACAAAAAUAAAAAAUAAUAAUAAUUAGGAAUAAUUAACAAAUAAAAUAAAAAUAAAUAAUAAAAAAAAAAAUUGGCCUGAAUCUUUGUUCGUGUUUUCGUUUCCAAAUUUUUGGUUUUUAAAUUUCCGCCUUUGACCUGAACCGAAAAGACAACCACCUAUGUCAUUGUUCGAAUGAGAAUGGAAAGUAGAACUACCAGCAGGAGGUCCGCCGUAGAUAGGAAACCCAGGCCGGACAGCCGGAGAAUUGUUCCGAGGCGGGCGACGGGCCACACGGCGUAUGCGUAACGAGACGAGAACGAAACAGAAAGUGAUGCGUAAUUUGCGGGCCCAACCGAAAAGAAUCGAAUUAAAAAUAUAAUAAAUAAACCAAAUAUUGAUGCCAAUCAGUGCGAAAAUAAAAUCACUAAUUAGCAGUUCCGUAUUAAUUAAGAAUCGGCGAAAAAAAAUUAUUGAAAAUAUCCAAAUAAGCUGAAAGCGAUGUAAGAGAAUAGAAACACAAAUGCAUGAGCAGAACGAGAGUACAAAAUGCAGAAAAACGGCAGCCAAAUUAAGGAAAAUAAAUCAAAUCAAGUAGAACUUCAACUAGCAGAAUAAGCAGCAACCACUAAACCCACUAUAUAUAUACAUAUAUAGGAAUAUAUAUAGCGUAAGCAGAGCAACACCAUCUAGCUGUAGUCACCAUGCAUGGACACCACCACACUCAUCUGCAACAACACCAGCAGCAGCAGCAGCAACAACAGUUGUCCCAGAACCCACAGGGACAGGAGCCGGGAGCCGCCAUGAUGAAGGCAGCGAAUCAUCCACUCAGCCAUCCCCAUAACCAUGCCCAGUCCCACCCACAUCCCCAUCCCCAUCCGCAUCCACACCACAAGCUGUCGUCGGCGAGAAGGGCGCGCAGUCGCAGUCGAAGUCGCAGUCCGACGCCGGACGGCAAUCAGGACUACGAUGUGACCAGGAUGCGGGAGGAGGACUUCCAGCGCCUGGCCGUCUACCUGGUGCCGGAUGUCCAGGCCGAGCGGGGGCUGCCCAAUCGGGCGGACAAGACGCUGCCCCGCAGCCUGACGCUCAAGUCAUCCAUGGUCUACUCAACGCCAAAUGUUAAGACUGAAGGAGUUUGGAGCAGCGGUGUCAUCCCACGAGGCACUCGCUUUGGCCCAUUCGAAGGCAUUCCAACCUCAAACUAUCCCAAUGAUAAGAAUAAGGCGCGCUAUUUCUGGCGGGUGCAGGGAACACGCCACAUAACCUACGGGAAUAUUAAGAUCUUCAAGGACGAUGACUACUACUAUCUGGAUGGCUCGGAUCGCUCGCAAUCCAACUGGAUGCGGUACGUGGCCUCCGCCUACAGCCUGUCGGUGAUGAACCUGGUGGCGUGCCAGCACCAGGAGAACAUCUACUUCUACACCACCCGCGACAUCCUGCCCAACGAGGAGCUGAUGGUGUGGUACUGCAAGGACUUCGCCAGUCGGCUGGGCUACGACGUGGAUCCCGAGCGGACGAUCUUCGGUGCCUGCAAGCAGGCGGUGGAGGAGGAGGUGGACGAGGAAGAGGAGGAAGCGGAUCCGGAUGCGGAUGAGCGGGAGGAGGUCGAGGGUGAGGGUAAGCCGCAUUACUCCAUGCCGGCUCCCGAAAUCCCCGCCGAGGUGGCGGUGAGCCACAUCACCUACGUGAUGGGCCUCCAUCUGCCGGUGGGUGCGGGAGGUGCUCCCGGAGCCACGCCCCCUCCAUCAGGCAGUUCAACGGGCAGCGGACAGUGCUGCCGCCGCUCCAGUCCACCCGCCCAUGUCAGCACCACCUCCUGCAACUCGCACCACCACCAGCAGCACCACCACCACCACCCCCACAUCCAGCACGCCAGCCGCCACGCUUCGGUGAUCAUCGGACAGGAUCGAUCGCCGAUGGCCAACAGCGACAAGGACACAGCGGGAUCUCCGCUGUCCGGGUUGGACCACCAGAUGACCCCACAGGACGGCAGUGUGCGAUCGGUGCGCUCGGACGAGGGCUACCACAGCAACGAGUGCCACGAGGAUGGCCUGACCCCGCCCGAGGACUCCAGCGACAGCGAGAGCGAGCACAACUAUGUCCUGGACUGCUCCAAGAAGGCGAUAGCUCCCAAGGAGACAGUUAUUGCCCAGGCCCAGAAGCCGGGCUGCUCUCCUUCGGCAGUGACGGUCCUGACCAACACCACCUCGACGACGACUAACGCCUCUCUGGGCCACAGCUCACCCACUACCACGCCCUCUUGUGAGACGGACAAGAACGAGUACCGGAAGUUCAAGGUCAAGAUGCCGCUGAAGUACGAGUUCAAGAACAAGAGCUGCGUGAAACAGGAGCCCAACCUGAAGGAGAUGGACCAGGAGAUGUCCCUGCCGCCAGAGGAGGAGGAGGAGCACUCUAUGCACCCAGAACCCGAUUCCAUCUGCCCCUCGACCACCACCCACCUGGGGGAUGAGCAUUUAAUGAUUCUGGAGCGAGAAAGGGAGAGGGAGAGAGAGCGCGAGAGGGAGCGGGAAAGGGAACAUCAGUCCAACCAGCAGCCCGCCUCCUCGACGGUGAUCGUACUGGAGCAUGGCGGUCCUCAAACCCGCACCAUCGUGCCUCUGAGCAAGCCCUACUACGAGGCCGAUCCCCCGGGAGAGCGCUAUGUGCGAUUCGGACAGCCCAGCUCCAGCAUCCUGGAGACCAUCCUCACCAGCCAGCACCGUCUGGAGGCAGCUGCGGCAGCAGCCAAUGCUUGCCGUCAGGCCAACGCUGCCACGCCCCCGCCCACCUCGCCCACGGAAAUGGCCUACAGCUACAAGAAGUCGCAGCGUUACGGCAAUGCCGUGAGUCCAGACAGCAGUUCCAAUCUGGGCCAGAAUCCCGAGCAGCCAGGCGGUGGAGUUGGAAGUGGAGCCAAUGGAGUUGUGGUGGUCAGUGAUCCGGAAAUGACCAGGGCCACCCUGAUCAAGGGAGAGUGCUCGCCACCACCGCCCAGCCACCAUCACCACAAUGUGAUCUUCUCGCCGUCGCGGCAUGCCGCUUAUCUGGGAGCCAGCGAUGCAGGUGGUCACUCCCCCAGUCCCGGGUAUCCGGGAUAUCCUCACUACGGAGCGGCGGCCACCUCCACGUUCCACUCGCCGCCCCACAGCUCUCAUUCCCCCUUCGACCGCCAGUCGAACGCCUCGAGCGGCGCUGGUUCCGCCUCCAAUUUGCAUUUGCUGCAGAGUAGCACCCAGAUGCUGAACCACCCGCUGAUGCAGCCGCUCACCCCGCUGCAGCGCCUGUCGCCCCUGAGGAUCUCCCCGCCCAGCAGCCUGAGUCCGGACGGCAAUUCUUGUCCGAGGAGCGGCAGCCCCCUGAGUCCCAACUCCCUGGCGUCCCGCGGCUACCGAUCCCUGCCCUAUCCGCUGAAGAAGAAGGAUGGGAAGAUGCACUAUGAGUGCAAUGUGUGCUGCAAGACAUUCGGGCAGCUGAGCAACCUGAAAGUCCACCUACGCACCCACUCCGGUGAAAGGCCCUUCAAGUGCAACGUCUGCACGAAGAGCUUCACCCAGUUGGCGCACCUGCAGAAGCACCACCUGGUCCACACCGGCGAGAAGCCUCACCAGUGCGACAUCUGCAAGAAGCGCUUCUCGAGCACCUCCAACCUGAAGACCCAUCUCCGGCUGCACAGCGGUCAGAAGCCGUACGCCUGCGACCUCUGCCCCCAGAAGUUCACCCAGUUUGUCCACCUGAAGCUACAUAAGAGGCUGCACACGAACGACAGGCCGUACGUGUGCCAGGGAUGCGACAAGAAGUACAUCAGUGCCUCGGGUUUGAGGACACACUGGAAGACCACCAGUUGCAAGCCCAACAAUCUGGAGGAGGAGCUGGCCAUGGCCGCAGCUGCCACAUCGGAGUGCUUGGACAAAGACCACCCCGAACCGGAUUCCCGGGAGGCGUACGAGCAACUGCAGCAGCACAUGCAUCCUGCUGUGCAUCCUGGCUUGAGGCAUCUCUCCAAUGGCGGUCAGUCGCCUCCCCGUUUGAUACCCCUGGGUAGCCACAUGCCGCCACAACAACAGCAGCAGCAGCAUCAGCAACAACAGCAGCAGCAGGGCCUGCCCCCGCCCCACCUUCUGAUGGGCCAACAUCCGGGCGUGGGUCCAGCCACCAUGCUGCUGACCACCGCCAGUCAGCUGCCACCUCCACCGCCGCACCACCAGCAGAACUCCCCCAGCAGCCGGCUGCUGCAACAUGCCCACCCACAUGCCAUGCAACAAAUGCAACAGCAGCAGCAGCAACUCUCCCCCAAGGGGCUCAAGUCGCUGCCCGAAUCGGGGGUGUAUCUGCAUGGAGGUCAUGUGCAGGCCCAGGAGAGCAGGCCCUCGGUCAUCGAGUCCUCCAACCAGCCGAUGAUCAUCGAGUGCACGUAGGGAUUGGCUGGACCGAGAGACUUGGCUGAGCAGGAGACGACCAGAGGAAGUGAUGGAAUCCAAGUGCAAUAAAAUCAAAUAGAGUUAAGAACAGACAGGACGACAGACAGACAGAUACAAGAUACAAGAUACAAGAUACAAGAUACAGAAACAAGAACAGCGGCAGCAACAUACAGCAGCAGCACAAGUAAACGUAACGGUAUUAUUAUAUAGUUGUAUAUAUGGUAGUUAAAAGUCCCCCUCCCUGAACUCCCCCCAUGAAAAGAGUCCCACGUAAAAUUGAUCCUCCCCCCAAGCCCCUUGGAAAACUCAUUUUCGCGCUAUGAAAAAAAAAAACUUAGAUCUCACCAAUUGGCAAAAACCAGAAAUUCUUCUUCUCACCAUUACAUCAGCAUGGCAGGAGAGCAUCAGCAGUAAGGGCAUAUUAUUUUUGAUAAAUAUUUUAUAAAUAUAUAUAUAGAAAAUGAAAAUGAAUGAAAAAAUUGGUAAAUACCGAAAGCGAUUGUUAAUGGGAGAUGAAUAAAAAAAAGAGGAUAAAUGGAGCCGACAGAGAAGAAUUUUGGGAAAACGAGAGAAAAUGCAUUUAGAUUUGAUUUCCAAUUUUAGAUGAUUUACGAACCCGUUUUAUUAAUUCCUUUCUCUCAAGCUCUCUUUUUGUUUGUUUGUUCACCUGUUUGUUUGUUUGUUUGUUGAGGCGCGAGAACCUUUAGAUCUAGAAUACACUGCUAGAAAUAGAAGCUUGACUAAGGAUGUAUACAAAUACAUACAUACAAUACAUAGAUUCAAGUUGCCUUAUUUGAAUUUCGUUAGCACUGAACCCGCGAACAUUAAAAAAUACAGAAAUCGAAAUGCAGAAAUAAAGAAAUAUUUGCUUAGAGCCGAUCAUCUCUGUACAAUAAUGACAGAUCUUGAAAGCUUAAACAUAUAUAUACGUAUUUUAUAUAUGAAUAUAUCAUUAUUAUAUAUACGAAUAUAUAUAUAUUUAUAUGUAUUUUAUUAAAUAUACACAACCGGAACAGCAGCAGCAGCAAACAAAUGAAACUGUAACCCAGAACUGUAAAUACGAAAAGGGAACUUUAUUUCGGCAUCUGUUAAAUUAGUAUCGCCUAGCUAAAUAUAAUUACGUAGACCUCUAGGGAUUAUCAUUAUGAUUACUAUGAUUAUACAAACAAAAAAAAUAAGAAAAAAGAAAAUAUAUAAAAACUAAGCAACAUGAAAAGAAAACAAACUUAAUGAAAAACUUAGCUGAAAAAUCGGUGCUUUUGACUGUUUCCAUUUGUCCACAUUUACACUUACGAUUGUAUUUGUAUUUUGAACACACAUGAAUUAUAUAACACAUAAAUAUAUAAAAAAACAUUAUAUAUAUAUAUUAAAUAUAUACACGUUAGACUACAACUCUAGAGAUACUUUCCCCAAGUAACUACUUUGCGCCUUAAUCAUUCAACUUUCCUCAAAAUCCAACUCCAAACGAAUCCAAAAAAAUAUUUGCUCGUAUUGUACUUUACCAAAAUUACGCUCUCAAUUAGUCUUCGUUUUCGUCUGAAUAUAUAUAUUAUAAAUGAGAAAUCUAUAGCUAAACUUAAGCUUAUAAUCUUAAUGAGGCUGACUAGCGUUAAGUACAUCUAAAUAACCGAUUUAUCGCAUUAAAGCUAGCUCCUAAGUUCUGUAUAUUGUAAAAGCCCAGAGCCACUGAGCUCGGCUUCGAUCUGUAAGACACAACACCAAUUCGUAACACUUAAGUAUUUGUCUUGUAAAGUACGAGAUACGCGGGGCAUAUAUAGGGUUUUGGGGGAGUACGGGGCCGUCGAAUCCCGAUAAUUUGAGACUAAGACUAUGCAAAGUUUUUGUAUUUUUGUAUUUGAUACAAAGCAAGCAAGCAAGCAAGAGUUAGGAAAACGGUUGACGAUGAGAUGUUUUUAGUGAAGUAAGGCCUAUUGCUAAGCUAGCGUUAAGAUUUCUAAAAAUAUGCAAUAUUUAUACAUAUACGCAUAAUAUUUCUAAACAAAAAAAAAUCAAAACGCAGAAAAGAUGAGACAAGCCUACAUACAUGGAAAAUAUAAAAGAAGAUAAUCAAAAUUAUACACAAAAUUGAUUUUUUAUUUAUCCUUUGGUUUUAAACUCUCAUUUUGUUGGUUGUGCAAUCACAAGUAUUACUUUCUUUGUGCAAUAUUCAUCUAUUUAUAUUUUCAUAAUUUAUUUAUUUAUGUUUUUGAAUUUAGUUUCAAGAACUUUUGAGACACGUUUUGAGACAGUUACCGAAAUUGACUAAAAUAAGUAAGAUACAUAAUACUUUCCUAUUUGUGAGACUGAAUGAAUUACUAUAUAUACAAUACUCGUAAAGCGUAGACAAAACACACCCAAGGUCCUUGACAGGAUCCAGGCGGAAACCCAGACAUUUCGAAAUAUAUAUUUUACCGAAACUUUUGUUUGAGCAAGCACUGUAAAAUAUUACGAAUAUUUAGACAUAAAGAUAUAUAUAUAUAUUUAUAUACAAGGCACAGAUACAUAAUUGCGUAGUCGUAGAGAGCUAUAGCUAUAGCUGUUUAUAUAUACAUAUAUAUAUAGAUAAGCCUAUGGCCGAUGGCUAAAGCGCCCAACUUUGUACAGUAAUUGAAAUCUGUUUCAGGAUUCAAGAAACGUGACGACACAACGUAAAUUUAAAUGGAGAAUAAAUGACUGCUUCUUAGUGUUAUAAGUGACUCUGAUUUAGGUCGAACACACUCUUACACACACCCAUACACACACACACAAAUGAUUCAAGGAUCAAUUCUAGAAAUCAAAUCCAAAUAUAUAUUCCAUUAUAUAUUCAAUAAGUCUAUCGUAUACCUUUAUUGCAAAUCAAUAUUUCAAAUGUAUGUAUCUAUAUAAUUACAAUUAUCUAUAAUUCAGCCCUAUAUAGAUCAUGUAGAGCCUUUGUUAUGCGUAUACCCCUUAAAAUUGUUUCCCCCACUAGCACUCUAUCUCUCUUUCUAUCUAUCUUUCUCUCAUAUACACACAAAAUGUACAAAAUUGGUUCUCAUACUAAUAAUUGAAACAAAAAAUAACAAAAAACAAAAAUUAGAAAAAGAAACAAGAAAAACGCAGCGAAUUUUAUUUGCAAUCAAAGCUAAGCCCAUGAAAAAAUUGCAAUUAAAAAUAAUGAUUUUAAAUUCGAGAAGGAGAUUGAGUUUCUGUUCGAACCCUCUUGAAAAUUUGUUGAUUUUUACAAGCCUCAAGGUAUAUACACGCUUAUAUGUAUAUCACUCACCUCUUAUACCACAAUAAAUGAAAUAAUUGACUAUAUGCAUAUUUAAACGCCAAUUAUAUUGUG